CAUGACGAAGCAAUCCGGGGCAGCCACCAGUGACCAGGCAGCUGCCGCCCAUAGCACGCCAUUACGGCUCCGGAGCAGCGUCUGCCGAGUGUCCCUGGGCCGUGCUGCGUGGGUACGGUCGAGCCGGUGCUAAGAUGGCAGCUCCGAUGGAAGACGAGUUCGAGGAUGCGCCCGACGUGGAGCCGCUGGAGCCCACUUUAAAGAAUAUCAUUGAGCAGACGUCAUUGAAAUGGAUCUUCGUAGGGGGCAAGGGCGGCGUUGGGAAAACGACGUGCAGCUGCAGUUUGGCUGUACAGUUAGCCCAGGUGCGAGACAGUGUCCUCAUCAUCUCCACGGACCCUGCCCACAACAUCUCUGACGCCUUCGAUCAGAAGUUCUCCAAAGUGCCCACUAAGGUCAAAGGAUAUGACAACCUGUUUGCUAUGGAGAUCGACCCCAGCUUGGGUGUGGCCGAGCUCCCGGACGAGUUUUUUGAAGAGGACAACAUGCUGAGCAUGGGCAAGAAGAUGAUGCAGGAAGCCAUGAGCGCUUUCCCGGGCAUCGACGAGGCCAUGAGCUACGCGGAGGUCAUGAGGUUAGUCAAGGGGAUGAACUUCUCGGUGGUCGUGUUUGACACGGCCCCCACUGGGCACACGCUGCGCCUGCUGAACUUCCCCACCAUUGUGGAGCGAGGGCUCGGGAGACUGAUGCAGAUCAAGAGUCAGAUCAGCCCCUUCAUCUCGCAGAUGUGCAACAUGCUAGGAUUGGGAGACAUGAACGCCGACCAGCUGGCCUCCAAACUGGAGGAGACUUUGCCCGUGAUCCGCUCUGUCAGCGAGCAGUUCAAGGACCCGGAGCAGACCACCUUCGUCUGCGUGUGCAUCGCUGAGUUCCUCUCGCUGUACGAGACGGAGCGGCUCAUCCAGGAGCUCGCCAAGUGCCACAUCGACACGCACAACAUCAUCGUCAACCAGCUGGUCUUCCCAGAUACCGACCGGCCUUGCAGGAUGUGCGAGGCGCGCCACAAGAUCCAGUCCAAAUACCUGGAUCAGAUGGAGGACUUGUAUGAGGAUUUCCAUAUUGUCAAGUUGCCCCUGCUUCCCCACGAAGUGAGGGGGGGCGACAAGGUCAACAGCUUCUCCAAGCAGCUCCUGGAACCUUACACCCCCCCCAGCAAGUGACUCACCUCUGCGCCCGAGUCCCCAAGGGAAUGGAGGAAACCGUAUCUCCCAGACCAAAUCCCAGGCGAGAUCUACCAAGGAGAGAGACUGUUGGAUUGCAUGUUCACUGGACCUUCUUUCUUGAUACACCUUAUUUCUGAAUGGCCUCUUUCGUUCUAUAUAUCUAGAGAAUGUGUCAGUUUCCAUACAGUAUCUGAGUGACCUUUCUUAAGCACAGCUGAGAAAUGUUUUAAGUACUAAGUAUUGAAUCUUUGUUGUCGAAAUCACACUAACUUAUGUUCCUACAGAGAUUAAUUUAUCUAUUUAUUUGAAGUGAUUGAUUAAAGUUUGGGAAGAAUAAAGCACUGAAUCGUGGUCAUCCAGCAUAUAUAGUCUUAUAGCAAAAAAAAACAACAGUAAUGACCAACGGCUAAGAAGGAGUGGUAUUAUGAUUGUGUUAAUGUCCCUUUUACCUCAUUGUUAGUAGCUGUUCUGAUAUGUAUCAAAACUUGGUAGAAAAUGUCAUGGAGUUGCCAUUCAAGCUUUGUGUUCUGCAACCCUGAGUCUCCCUUCAGAUGGUUUAAUUCCCCUGGUUUGCUUUUGAGAAGUUGGUUGUUUUUAUGAACAAAUAAAAAAAUCGUUGGUGUUCAGGAGA